GAACAUGGCGGAGGCGGGAAAAGAGCACGCGGGCUUCGGGCUCCCGGGAGGAGGUGCGGCACAGUGGCCUCUACAGCGGUAUGGCCGCUUCAUGCCCUCGGGCACUGGAGAGCCGCCUGAGCCAGGCCAGGAAGCUGGCACAGCCUCUUCCCCAACAUGGAAGGUUUUUGACUCCAGUGAAGAAUCUGGGCAUCUUGUUCUCACCAUAGUUAUAUCGGGUCAUUUCUUCAUUUCCCAAGGACAGACACUGUUGGAAGGGUUUUCACUCAUUGGUAGCAAGAACUGGUUGAAGAUUGUAAGACGCAUGGAUUGUCUGUUGUUUGGAACAACGAUAAAGAACAAGAGUCGUAUGUUCCGGGUGCAGUUUAGUGGAGGCUCAAAGGAGCAGGCGCUGGAACACUGCUGCAGCUGCGUGCAGAACCUGGCCCAGUACAUCACUGUCCAGGUGCCUGACGGAAUCAGCCAGGAACUCGGGCUGAGUCCUAGCCCACUGUGCACAGGUGAAAGCCAAAGGAAGGGCUGUGUGCAGAGCAUCCCACCACAGCAUGACUCACACCAGAACCCGGAGCAGCAACAGUGGGUACCGGCUGGCACAAGCACUCCAAGAGGAAGGAUCUCAGUAGCCUGGUUAGCUCAGUCUCUCCUGGCAUCAGAGGAGCUGCCCGUGGUCUAUGAACAAUCAGCAUGGAACACAGAAGAGUUAGGCCCCUUUCUACGCUUGUGCCUCAUGGAUCAAAAUUUCCCAGCAUUUGUGGAAGAGGUGGAAAAGGAACUAAAAAAGCUGACAGAGCUGAGCAACUAACAUUCUAUGUACAUAGAGAACUGAGGAACUUCAGCGCAAUGGAAAAAAUGCUUCCUCCUAAGAUUAGAGAAGAUACUAGAAUAAAGAGUAUUAUUCCAACA